AUCGACCCCCGGGCCUUGGUGGAGGUGGACGCGCCCCUCAGGUUUGACUUGAGCAUCGAGUCAUCAGGAUCAGGCUCUGUAACGGUGCAGAAUAUUGAAUGUGACUGCUGUAGAAUUGACACUGCCCAGGGGACCAGCAUCCUGCAGUCUGUGAAGAGCCAAAAAUUACAUGUUCAAACAAAAGGAGGCAAUGUGAACUGUCUGGGAACAAUUUAUGGAAAUAUAGAUAUUCAUGCAUCACGUCAAAGUACUGUGACCGUAGAUAAACUUCAGGGAAGUUGUGUUAAUAUAUCUACAGAAGAUGGUAUGCUAAAAGUCAAGUAUCUUUAUACAGAGUCUUCAUUUCUGACUUCUGCUGCUGGGGAUAUUGCAUUAGGAAAUGUUCACGGAAAUAUCACAUUACAAAGCAAGAUGGGUAAUAUUACAGUUGAUUCAUCAUCGGGAUGUCUAAAGGCCUCAAGUCAUCAAGGUGCCAUAGAUGUUUAUGUCAGCCAGCUGGGGGAAGUGGCGCUUACCUCACAGGAAGGUGCUAUUACUAUCAAGGCCCCACCUUCUCUACAAGCUUAUUUAAGGUUGUCAGGGAUAGAGGUGGUUGUGGACCCAGAAGCUCAUGUUCAGGAAAUGGCCAAAGAGCAUGAAGGUGGCAGUGUGACGGUUACAGGACUCAUGAAUCAAGCCAGCAGAAGUGAAAGGUGGAUAAAUGCUGUUGCCCCCAAAGGCACUGUAAGUUUUAAACAUCAGAGCUGGUUUCAGUCUCUGAAACUGCAGGACUAAGAAUGACUUCAGCUGUAUUUAUUAAUUUUAGUGUGGACUAACAGACAUGUGAGUAUAAAACAGACAACUGUAUUCAUAUAAAUGUCAAAAACAACAGCAUUGGCAGGGAAUACUGGGGAAUACAGGGGGACUUUUGCAAAACGUGUACUUAGCUGUAGAAUUCGUUUUCAAUUGCUGUGUUCCAAAUUACAGAACCCCCAAAGUAUGUUCUAAGACCUCCGAUGAUUGCCUGAAACCACAGACAGUGUCAACCGCUAUACACCGUGGUUUUUCAUAAACACAUGUGCCAGCUGAAUGCCUUUUCUGCUCAACUAAGCAGUGAUGUGCUCCCGUCAAAACACUUACCACUGUAGUUCCGAUAGCAAAAUAAUGGCUUUCUUUUCCCUCCUUUACAAUGCCAUGCAAGUGCAUCCACCCUGACUGUAGGGCCUAGAAGCCUCAGCAUAUCAUUUUGUUUUGUUUAACUAAGUUGAGAACUUUUACCUUUUUCCUUGAAGCCCUUUGUGGCUUCGCUUUAUCAGGCCCAAUUGCAAAUCUCACUAUAAUGGUACUUUAGAGCCGUUCCUAAAGUAAGGGCUUCUUGAACUCUGGCCCUAUGACACUACGGUGAUGGUGGGAUGGCCAGGGUGGCUACCUAGUGACUAGCAGGUAGUAUACACAGAUGGCACGCACAUGCAUGGCAAAGGAAUGACUGGCACCCUGAAGGAAACAGCAGAUUUCCUCAUGCUACUUCAGGUGACACAUAAUUUAAAGCAUACACAUUACUUAUUUCUGAAAGUUAUCAACUAUGAGUUACUGAAGAAAUAAAAGACAAAUCCUUGGAUGAGGGCAAGAGAAUGGUUCUACCACAGAUUUAAUGACUUCAGAUCACUGUUUUAACAGCUUAUAAUUGGGCCGGGCGUUGGUGGCGCACACCUUUAAUCCCAGCACUUGGGAGGCAGAGGCAGAUGGAUCUCUGUGAGUUUGAGGCCAGCCUGGUCUCCAGAGCGAGUGCCAGGAUAGGCUCCAGAAACCCUGUCUCGAAAAACCAAAACAACAACAAAAAAACCCCAGUUUAUAAUUGGUAAUGUUGGCCUUGUGCUCGGUGUCACAUAGCUGAAGUAAAGAUGGUGGCCAGGCUGGGAAUAUUAUCUGGGGACUGCGGCGAGAGGUCUCCCAAGUUCCCUCACAUUAUAGGAAACAAAUCAAAUUUCUUGUGCCUGUAUGACAUCGUUUUCUUGCUGGGUUCCACAAUCACUCACUCCUUCUAAUGACAUGUCAUCUCCAUCCCCUUGUGGGCCCUCUGUCUUCAAGCAAAACACGCAGAGUCCUUCUUGUGCUCUGAAUGUCUGACAUUCUUGUAACCUGGAGAAAUCUCUGCUUGGUUUGCCAAGAUAUUUAACAUGAUUAUGGGACUAUUAUAUGGUUUCCACAGCUCCCACCCAAGAGAUGACUAUGGAAAGUCAUUGUUGGAAUCACCUUGGGAUUGUUGGCAUUGUAGCACCCACGGAACACAUUUUCUUGUUAGUACCUCCUAUGGCAUGUCUUUAAGUUAUGAAUAAAAUACCAUGUAGGUGAACCAGGUGCUUCUGAUUUGACUGUGUCUUGUGUAGGUUAUGAUGUGCCUCACUAUGGGAUGUAUAAAGAUACAAAUAUACUUUUAUAAGCCAUGUUUUAUAGACUGACUUCGUGGAUUCAAAACUAUACUAUACUGAACAGAUCCAUUUGUUGGAUUAUAUAUUUUGAUUUGGACAAAUCAGUGAUUAAACACAGAUUUUAAAUAAACGUUUCUAAUUACAA